UCUGAUUUGUGUUUAGAGCACAGUGUCAAAAAAAAUAAUUAUGAGAAUGGAUUUUUGGUCACACCUGAUGCUAAUGUGUGGACUUGUCAUGGUGACACUGCUGAAUAGAACUACUGGACAUGGAAAUCACAACCUGACCAAAGCUGUACACACUUUACAACAGCAUCAUGGUUUAACAGACACAAAAUGGGUUGGAGAAGCUGUUUUCACUAAAUACUUGGGCAAAGUAGAGGACACUUGCACUUGUGAGAAGUUGAUGCUUCUGCGCAUGAUGUAUGGCUACGAGAAAAUCUUUUCGGACAUGCUGGCCAAGGCCAAGACCAGUGAGACUGAGAGUAGUCUGAACGAACUCCUGGAAGGUGUAGAAGAACUGAAGAAAAAAUACAAAAAAGAACAAGCAGUGUGGGAACAGCUUCACGCCAUUAAUUCCAUAAAGAAAGACGACAGCACAAUCCAGGGUGGAGCGGUGAAUGACUUUAUCUAUGUGUAUGAUAAAGCCUUAGAAGCUGGACAGCAUUCCAAGAAGACCCACUCACUACUUAAGCGGUUUUUGCAACAUUAGGAGACCUAUGAGUAAAGCCUGCAUUACCUUUGUAAUUUACUCUAGUUUUUUUUGUGUUAUUUAUCAAAGUUAAUUUAACCAUUUAUUGCAACUUUUUAAUUUAACAUAUUUAUUUUCACCACAAACCUUAAUGUACCUGUAAAAUGUAACUUAUUUUACCGUGCAAGUCGAUUUACAGUUUUGCAUGUUUGGUUAACCAAA